GAGUUCUCUCUAUCGUCUCCCAUGGCUUCUUCUUCUUCUUCUCCUAGUAGCCGGAGAUACGACGUUUUCCCAAGCUUCAGUGGGGUAGAUGUUCGCAAAACGUUCCUCAGCCAUCUAAUCGAGGCGCUCGACCGCAGAUCAAUCAAUACAUUCAUGGAUCACGGCAUCGUGAGAAGCUGCAUAAUCGCCGAUGAGCUUAUAACGGCCAUUAGAGAAGCGAGGAUCUCAAUAGUUAUCUUCUCUGAGAACUAUGCUUCUUCCACGUGGUGCUUGAAUGAAUUGGUGGAGAUCCACAAGUGUCACAAGGACAAAGACUUGGAUCAAAUGGUGAUUCCGGUUUUCUACGGCGUUGAUCCUUCUCAUGUUAGAAAACAGAUCGGUGGCUUUGGCGAUGUCUUUAAAAAGACAUGCGAGGACAAACCAGAGGAUCAGAAACAAAGAUGGGUUAAAGCUCUCACAGAUAUAUCAAAUUUAGCCGGGGAGGAUCUUCGGAACGGGCCUAGUGAAGCAGCCAUGGUUGUAAAGAUAGCUAAUGAUGUUUCGAAUAAACUUUUUCCUCUGCCAAAGGGUUUUGGUGACUUAGUCGGAAUUGAGGAUCAUAUAGAGGCAAUAAAAUUAAAACUGUGCUUGGAAUCCAAGGAAGCUAGAAUAAUGGUCGGGAUUUGGGGACAGUCAGGGAUUGGUAAGAGUACUAUAGGAAGAGCUCUUUUCAGUCAACUCUCUAGCCAGUUCCACCAUCGCGCUUUCAUAACUUAUAAAAGCACCAGUGGUAGUGACGUCUCUGGCAUGAAGUUGAGUUGGGAAAAAGAACUUCUCUCGGAAAUCUUAGGUCAAAAGGACAUAAAGAUAGAGCAUUUUGGUGUGGUGGAGCAAAGGUUGAAGCACAAGAAAGUUCUUAUCCUUCUUGAUGAUGUGGAUAAUCUAGAGUUUCUUAGGACCUUGGUGGGAAAAGCUGAAUGGUUUGGAUCUGGAAGCAGAAUAAUUGUGAUCACUCAAGAUAGGCAACUUCUCAAGGCUCAUGAGAUUGACCUUAUAUAUGAGGUGAAGCUCCCAUCUCAAGGUCUUGCUCUUAAGAUGAUAUGCCAAUAUGCUUUUGGGAAAUACUCUCCACCUGAUGAUUUUAAGGAACUAGCAUUUGAAGUUGCAAAGCUUGCCGGUAAUCUUCCUUUGGGUCUCAGUGUCCUUGGUUCGUCUUUAAAACGAAGGAGCAAAGAAGAGUGGAUGGAGAUGCUGGCUGAGCUCCAAAAUGGUUUGAACAGAGAUAUUAUGAAAACAUUAAGAGUCAGCUACGUUAGAUUAGAUCCAAAAGAUCAAGAUAUAUUCCAUUACAUUGCAUGGUUAUUCAAUGGUUGGAAAGUCAAAUCCAUCAAAGACUUCCUCGGAGAUGGUGUUAAUGUUAACAUUAGGCUCAAAACGUUGGAUGAUAAGUCCCUCAUACGUUUAACACCGAAUGAUACUAUAGAGAUGCACAAUUUGCUUCAGAAGUUGGCUACAGAAAUUGAUCGUGAAGAGUCUAAUGGUAAUCCUGGAAAACGUCGAUUUCUGGAGAAUGCUGAGGAAAUUCUAGACGUAUUUACCGAUAAUACCGGGACUGAAAAAUUGCUCGGAAUACAUUUCAGCGCGUCAUCAGAUUCACAAAUAGAUAAGCCAUUUAUUUCAAUAGAUGAAAACUCGUUCCAAGGCAUGCUUAAUCUCCAAUAUCUAAAAAUUCAUGAUCAUUCAUGGUGGCAACCGAGAGAAACCAGAAUGCGUCUACCUAACGGCCUCGUUUACUUGCCACGUAAACUCAAAUGGCUAUGGUGGGAUAAUUGUCCAUUGAAGCGUUUGCCUUCUAAUUUUAAGGCUGAGUAUCUGGUUGAACUCAGAAUGGUGAAUAGUGACCUUGAGAAGCUGUGGAAUGGAACUCAGCUACUUGGAAGCCUAAAGAAGAUGAUUCUGCGUAAUUCCAAAUAUUUGAAAGAAAUUCCAGAUCUUUCUUAUGCCAUGAACCUCGAGAGAUUAGAUAUUUCUGAUUGCGAAGUGCUAGAAAGUUUUCCAAGUCCUCUCAACUCGGAAUCUCUCGAGUACCUCGAUCUCCUACGAUGCCCCAAGUUGAGAAAUUUCCCUGAGACUAUAAUGCAAAUUUCCCCAUAUGGAAUUGACAUCGACGUAGCAGAUUGUUUAUGGAACAAGAGUCUCCCUGGACUAGAUUAUCUCGAUUGCCUUAGGAGAUGUAAUCCAAGUAAAUUUCUACCAGAACAUCUCGUUAAUCUCAAACUGAGAGGCAACAACAUGCUUGAGAAGCUAUGGGAAGGCGUCCAGUCCCUUGGGAAACUUGAGAGGAUGGAUCUGUCAGAAUGUGAAAACCUGAUAGAAAUUCCAGAUCUUUCAAAGGCCACCAAUCUGGUGAAUUUGAACCUCUCAAAUUGCAAAAGUUUGGUGACGUUACCUUCUACAAUUGGGAAUCACCAAAAACUAUACACGUUAGAAAUGAAAGAAUGCACAGGGCUGAAGGUUCUUCCUAUGGAUGUCAACUUGUCAUCUCUCCAUACAGUCAAUCUCAAAGGGUGCUCAAGUUUGAGAUUUUUCCCUCAAAUUUCAAAAAGUAUUGCUGUACUCAAUCUAGAUGACACUGCCAUUGAAGAAGUUCCAUGUUUUGAGAAUUUCUCGAGGCUCAUUGUAUUAUCGAUGCGUGGUUGCAAGUCGUUGAGAAGAUUUCCUCAGAUUUCAACUAGUAUUCAAGAACUCAAUCUAGCUGACACCGCCAUUGAACAAGUUCCUUGCUUCAUUGAGAAUUUUUCGAAGCUCAAGAUACUAAAUAUGAGUGGUUGCAAAAAGUUGAAAAACAUCUCCCCGAACAUUUUCAGACUGACUUGGCUUAAGAAGGUCGACUUUACAGACUGUGGAGGUGUCAUUUCGGCGUUGAGUGAUUCCACUGUGGUGGCAACAAUGGAUGAUCACUAUGAAAAGAUUGAAAAGAUGCGUACACGAGACGAUGAUGUUGAGGAUGACUAUAAUGAGGAUGACGAGAAUGAGGAUGAGUUAUGACAAGAAUGAGGAUGAGGAUGAGUAUAA